GAAGGUUUGUUUGGGUUUCUGCGGACAGCUGAGGGAGAUUGUUAUAGCGAUCUUAUAAGGCGGUAUAUUUUCUCUCUGAGAAUGAGAGUGCUAAACAGCUAGUGAUGGAGGUUCGCUGCGGAGGAUUACUGUUCAGCUCUAAGUUUGACUCUGGGAAUUUAGCUAGGGUAGAAAAGGUUGAGAAACCAGGGGCAGAAGGGGAUGCAUUCAGUGGCAGUGUCAGUGGAGGUAGUGUGCCCACCCCUGACUAUGAAUUCAACAUAUGGACCAAGCCUGAUUGCGCAGAGACGGAGUAUGAGAAUGGGAACAGAUCCUGGUUCUAUUUUAGUGUGCGCUUUGGGGCCCCAGGAAAACUGAUCAAAAUCAACAUCAUGAAUAUGAACAAGCAGAGCAAGCUAUACUCCCAAGGCAUGGCUCCAUUUGUGCGCACAGUGCCCAUUCGAUCCCGGUGGGAGCGUAUCCGAGAUCGGCCCACAUUUGAGAUGGUGGAAAACCAGUUUAUUUUGUCUUUUGUUCAUCGGUUUCUUGACUGUCGAGGAUCCACAACGUACUUUGCAUUCUGCUUUCCCUUUUCAUACGAGGAGAGUCAGGAGCUGAUGGCAGGGUUGGAUGACCGAUUCAGUGAUUGCAAAAAUAUUACUCCGGGCAGCUUUCCUGACUCUAUAUACUACCACCGGGAACUGCUGUGCCACUCUCUGGAUGGUCUUCGUGUUGAUCUCCUCACCAUAAGUUCAUGCCAUGGGAUGACUGAGGAACGUGAGCCAAGGCUGGAUAAACUUUUCCCAGAUCGAUCCACCCCUCGCCCAUACCGAUUUACAGGAAAGAGAGUCUAUUUCCUCAGCAGCCGUGUUCAUCCUGGAGAAACACCAUCCAGUUUUGUAUUUAAUGGUUUCCUGGAGUUCAUCUUGCGGCAAGAUGACCCAAGAGCCCAAAUGCUGAGACGAAUGUUUGUUUUCAAGCUCAUCCCCAUGCUUAACCCUGAUGGUGUGGUUAGGGGUCAUUACAGAACAGAUUCCAGAGGGGUCAACCUCAAUCGACAGUACCUUAAUCCAGAUUUUGAACUGCAUCCGUCAGUUUAUGCUGCCAAAACAGUACUUCUCUACCAUCAUGUAUAUAACAGUGUUGGUCCAAAUGACCCUGACUGGAGGACCUCAGUGUCUCUACAGACAUCUAACAUCUCUCUUUGCCCAAAGACCUCUAAUCAUUCCCUAAAAGAUUUACCGUUGGAAGACUCUUUGUCAGAACUAGAAAAAGCAAACAAUCUGCUGAAUAGUAUGGAGAAGGAAGAAUGUUACAUCACUUGUCCUCAAGCUGUGACACAAGGGGCACCCCCUGAAAAUGACCCAAACUUUCUGUCAGACUCAAGAGAUUUUAUUAGGCAAAGAGAUGUGUUUAUCUUGGAGUCAGACACAGAGCCCAAAGAUAUAUACUCUCACAGUGGCAGUUCUCAACCUACAAUUUUUACAAAGUCCAUCCCCCCUCAGGAGAGUGGCAUUGCUUUCUAUGUGGAUUUACAUGGCCAUGCUUCCAAGAGAGGCUGCUUUAUGUAUGGGAAUUAUUUUACAGAGGAGAAUGACCAGGUGGAAAACAUGCUUUACCCCAAGUUGAUCUCUCUUAACUCUGCAAACUUUGAUUUCUUGGCAUGCAAUUUUUCUGAGAAAAAUAUGUAUGCUAAGGACAAAAGAGAUGGGCAGUCCAAAGAGGGUAGUGGUCGCGUGGCUAUUCAUAAGGCAACAGGUAUCAUUCACAGUUACACAUUGGAGUGCAACUAUAACACAGGACGCUGUGUCAACUCUAUCCCUGCAGCAUGCCAUGACUGUGGCCGGGCCAGCCCCCCUCCACCCCCUGCAUUUCCCCCGAAGUACACUACACAAGUAUUUGAACAGAUUGGAAGAGCUGUGGCCACUGCGGCCCUUGAUAUGGCAGAAUGCAAUCCUUGGCCCAGACUAAUAAUGUCAGAGUACAACAACCUAACAAACCUUCGAGCUUGGAUGCUGAAACACCUGCGCAACACCAAAGGGGUUCUUCCUGGAACACUGAAAAAAAAGAGCACAAAGUCACCAGUCAAGGCCUCCAGUCUGACAUCAGGCUCUUUAUCAGAGAACAGUCUAAUCAGGACCAGGAGUUACAGUAACAGCACAGCCAGCACCAACAGCCAGCAGAACUCCCCACAGAUUAAACCUUCCAUCAACUUCACAUUCCUCUGUAGCAGCUCCAACCAUAGUCCUCCGAAAGUCAGCCAAAGGGUGUUGGGCCCAGUAAGAGAAACAAAAGCUCAAGAAAAAAGACGCCAGCAGUCAUUGCUACGUUCUUCAGUGCGUAGUCCCACUGCAUGUCAGCAGCGCCUGAGCACCCAAGCACCUUCUUUAAGCUCUGGAUAUCCCAAAACAUCAUCACAUGCAAAGACAUCUUGCCCUUUAUCGUUGUCACUCAGCAUGUCAGGGAGUGGCUUCAGUGGCCUUUCCCAAGCUGCCAAGGUGAAGAAUGGAACUAAGAAAAAUAACCUGGAAGGAGAUUCCACUAGGCAACAUAUCCAUCAAGGUCAUGGCAUUGCUUUACUGCAGAACAUGCAGAAAAGAGGUAGUAGCCAUAAUAAUGCAGAGUACUCCAAGUCUUUGGAAAGUUUGGGUGUGCGUCCCAGUAGGAUCCCUGUAAGAAGAAAUGGUCUGCUCACAAAUGAGAAAGAGUCACCUAUCCUUCGUGUUUGGAAAUAUACCACAGAUACAUCACUCAAGCACUGCAGUCUUGCAGACUUGGCUGCAGUCACUUCCAGCCUGACUGUGUGCUCAGUUCCACUUCUCAAAUCCAAGGCAGAGGAACCCGUCUUCAUCUGUGAGGCAACUAAAGAGACUGCUGAUCAGCAUUUUCCCGCUGUCUCUCAGGAUGCUGCCCACCUGUCUGCAUACCAGAGUGUUUUGUCCUUCUGCUCAGAGGCCUGAAGGCUCAGAAGGCCUCAGUGAUGGCUCCUUUAAUUUUAAAUACCUAUAUAUAACUGGUGCUAUUUACAUUAAAUCUUGUCUAACGCUGUUAAUACUAAAUUGUCCAAAUACUUUGUUAAAUUUUUGUCAACUUUCUAAAUGGUUCUCCCUUUUCAUACAACUUUUCAUUGGGGGUCCCUACCUCCUAUUUGUAUUGUGUGCAGUUUUGGUGUACAAGCAAACACAUUCAUUCUUGCAAUGCAUAUAUUGCAGGGAAUACCCACUAAAGAAUUUAUUUUGCACAACAUUAUUUACAACUGAAGAAUAUUGGGCCUCAUUUCCAAACACUUGACAAUGUUGCACCUGUACAGUAACCUAUAACAACCAAUCACAUUUGCUUUCAGUCUCUAACUUACAGUAGUAGACUGUUUAAAUAAAUAUGCUGAUUGAUUGCUUUGCCUUGCUGCUAUGGUGCAAACUUUUAAUACUAGUAAUUGAGACCCUGUGUGUUGCACAUUUGUAGAUUUUUCAACUUUUCUGGGGGGUUAUGUCAGUAUUUAUAAGAAAUCUACAUCAUUUUAUCAAUAGCCAGUUAAAUAGGGUAAUUCCCUAUCAGGCCCUACUAAGAAUGCUCCCCAGCUUUACUAAAGGCAACUGCUAUAACUGAUCUAUCAAUUGUUGGCAUCUGUCUGAUACUGCUGAGAAACGUUAUCAACUAAUGUAUCAAAUUUUAAGAAUUUGAAGGUCAGCCACCUAGAAGCAGAGCUUAUUUGAGAAAGAAAACUAAACCAUAUUGUUUAGUAAACCUGCAAGUUAGAAAAGUAUUUAAAUACAAUUUAUAAAGCAAGUAAACAUUAAUUGUGGUAUAUUGUUUGAAAACAGUAUGUUUUGUGAAAUUAAACUGCCCCUUUAUUUUAUAAUUAUUUUACAAUAAUACAUUUUCUUUCAGCCAUUUUUUUAAUUCUGGGUAUUUUAUGGCAUUUUAACUGGAGUUUCCAACAUUGAUCUGUGGUUUUGUGUUUUUAUAGCUAAAAUCUACUUUGAUAAGGACAAACCACUCCUUUUUACAUUAUUUUAGACACAGGUUUUUCUGUAUAUAGAGGUUUCAUGAUUAUCUUGUGGCGGUUUUUGCAAUUGUUCUUACAAAUGUUAUUCCGCCCUUGUGUUUUAUGUAUUUUUCUGUACCUUUGAAGUGACCCUGAAAAUAAAUUAUAACAACUUUU